UCCCAGAAGGCACGCUACGCCGCAGUGUUUUCUGGGAUGAGAACCACGCCGCCUCCAAGCCACAGUGCUACCAGGGAAGCGCGGACCUUUCAACGAGAGCUUUACUAAUUCUCACGCUGUGCCCCUGGAAGGCGAUGGAGGUGGCCGCUAAUUGCUCCCUGCGGGUGAAGAGACCUCUGCUGGAUCCCCGCUUCGAGAGUUACAAGCUCUCCCUCGAGCCGCUGCCCUCUUACCAGCUGGAACUUGACGCAGCUGUGGCAGAAGUAAAACUUCGAGAUGAUCAAUAUACACUGGAACACAUGCAUGCUUUUGGAAUGUAUAAUUACCUACACUGUGAUCCAUGGUAUCAAGACAGUGUCUACUACAUUGAUAACCUUGGAAGAAUUAUGAAUUUAACAGUGAUGCUGGAUACUGCCUUAGGAAAACCACGAGAGGUGUUUCGACUUCCUACAGAUUUGACAGCAUGUGACAAUCGCCUUUGUGCAUCCAUCCAUUUCACAUCUUCUACCUGGGUUACCUUGUCAGAUGGGACUGGAAGACUGUAUCUCAUUGGAACAGGUGAACGUGGAAAUAGUGGUUCUGAAAAAUGGGAGAUUGUAUUUAAUGAAGAGCUUGGGAAUCCUUUUAUCAUAAUUCACAGCAUCUCAUUGCUGAAAGCUGAAGAACAUUCAGUAGCUACUCUCCUCCUUCGAAUAGAGAAAGAGGAAUUGUCUAUGAAAGGAAGUGGUUUCUAUGUUUCCUUGGAGUGGGUCACUAUCAGUAAGAAAUAUGAAGAUAAUAAAAAGUAUGAAAUGGCUAAGCAUAAUACUCUCCAUGGGAAGUCUGUGCCACAUUAUGCUGCUAUUGAACCUGAUGGGAACGGUCUGAUGAUUGUCUCCUACAAGCCCUUUACAUUUGUUCAAGCUGGUCAGGGUCUUGAAGAAAGUAAGGAUGAAAACAUGUCCGAGGAAAUCAAAGACCCUCUGUAUUACUGGCAACAGACUGAAGAUGAUUUGACAGUAACAAUACAGCUUCCAGAAGCCUGUACUAAGGAAGACAUUCAAGUACAGUUUUUGCCUGAUUCUGUCAACAUUGUACUGAAGGGUCAGAGGUUUUUGGAAGGCAGUCUCUUUUCAUCUGUUGAUCAUGAAAGCAGUACGUGGAUAAUUAAAGAAAAUAAUAGCUUGGAGAUUUCCUUGAUCAAGAAGAGUGAAGGCAUGACAUGGCCAGAGCUAGUGGUUGGUGAUAAACAAGGGGAAUUUAUAAGAGACUCAGCUCAGUGUGCUGCAAUAGCUGAACGUUUGAUGCAUUUGACCUCUGAUGAACUGAAUCCAAAUCCAGAUAAAGAUAAACCUCCUUGUAAUGCUCAAGAGUUAGAAGAAUGUGAUAUUUUCUUUGAAGAGAACUUCAGUUUAUGCAGAUUUGAUGGCAAUACAUUAAAAACUACUCAUGUGGUGAAUCUUGGAAGCAACCAGUACCUUUUCUCUGUCAUAGUGGAUCCUAAAGAAAUGCCCUGCUUCUGUUUGCGCCAUGAUGUUGAUGCCUUGCUCUGGCAGCCACGCUCCAGCAAACAAGAUGAUAUGUGGGAGCAUAUUGCAACCUUCAAUGCUUUAGGCUAUGUCCAAGCAUCGAAGAGAGACAAAAAAUUUUUUGCCUGUGCUCCAAAUUACUCCUAUGCAGCCCUUUGCGAGUGCCUUCGACGAGUUUUCAUCUACCGUCAGCCCACGCCCAUGUCUACCGUACUUUACAAUAGGAAGGAAGGCAGGCAAGUAGGGCAGGUUGCUAAGCAGCAAGUAGCAAGCCUAGAAACCAAUGAUCCUAUUUUAGGCUUUCAAGCAACAAAUGAGAGAUUAUUUGUCCUCACUACCAAAAACCUCUUUUUAAUAAGGGUAAAUACAGAAAAUUAAUUACUCCAACAUGUUGGCUUCUCUGUACUGCCAAAGUAUUCGAUGGUAGCUGGAAGGCUGAGCAGUUUUGCUAUUAUCUGUUAAGUUUUACUGUGUUAAAUAAAAUUACCUUGUAUGAUUUUUUUUAAAGGAUAUUGGAAAUAUAUUUGCAAUUUAUGGGUCUAUAAAAGCUAUGGAAUGAAGCUGCAAAUUUAGAGAAAACAGCUUCUGUAAAAAAUGUAAAGAUAAUGUUAGCAAGUAUAAUUUUUAAAAAACAGGCUAGAAUCUCAUCUUUUAUAUGAAAGAUGUACAGUUGAUUGUUUAAACAAAAAUAUUUAUCAUGUACUUUGCUGAUAUAGUUUCUACUUCUAUACCAACAGGAUAAUAGUUAACAUGUUCAUUCUUGUAAUUUUAAAUGGACCGAAUAGCUGGAGUAGAGGGGGAUAUAUAACAGGUACAGCAGGUCUAAUAUUGUUAAAGUUUGACGAAGAGACCUGAGGUGUUUUUUCAAAAUAAGUAUAGCUUUAACUUUUAUAAAUCCACUUGGUCUUCCACAGAAUAGACAGAGAUGAUAGGUUCUACAAAGUGUAGCUCUUACCCAUUGCUAUAUAAUAAACCACUCCAAAACUCAGUGGUUUAAAACAGGAUAUUUUAUAAUUUUUCAUGGUUCAGUGAUUUGACUGUCUCUGUUCUGCAUGGCCUCUCCUCCUCCAAUAAGCUAGACUGUUUUUUCCCAUAACAGAGAAAACAUUAUGAGAGCAAUUCCCUAAUGUACAAGAGUUUUUAUCAAGCCUGUACUUGCGUCGUAUUUGCUCAUCUUAGUUGAACAAAGCAAGUAGCCAAGUUUAGAGUCAGUGUGAGAGGUGAGCAUACAAGGGUACAGAUAGCAGGUGGAAUGAUGCACUGGAAGCCAUUACUAUAACAGUUUACCAUACAAAUUAGAAUUUAUCCUUGUAGUUCUCCCUGUAGUUCUACAGUUUAAAAAGUAAUCCUAUUUAUACAUUAAAUAUGUCUUGUCAUGAAUUUUAGUUUCUUACAUUAUUUUCUUGGAUUUUUUUUGGUGUGCAUUUACCUGGGAAAUUGUUUACUUAUAUACCAUUUUUGAAUGCUUCUUUCAUAAGUGUCAAAUUAACUUUUAUAAUAGGAGAAUUGAGAUUUUAGUAUGAGACAGUAAAGAAAAGAGAUACAAGAUCGGAAACAUUUGUUCCUGGCCUACCUAGACAAGUUUUGGCUGGAUUAAAUUUUAGUGAAAGAAGGAAAAAUAAGUUUGAGAGACAGAAAGGGAGGAAAAAAAUGGGGAUUGCAUUCAUGUUUCAGCACUUUGUCAGAAUGCAUUUUCCUGGAGAGAAGUAUUGGGAUAUUUGAUACAAAGGUUGGAAAAGGCCUAAGAACUGGUAGUGACAGUCGAGUCCUGAUAGUACUUUGAAUACUAGGAAAGAGACAGAUUGCUAUCAAGCACCAUGAGAUCAUGAACAGCGGGGGAAAAAAUGUAUGGCAGGACCAAAGAACAAACUGGUGAUAUUUCCAGAACUUUUUAGUAUCAUUGUAAAAUUCAAUGAAACAGAAACAAAAGAUUAUUUAGAUGGUGAACUAUUAAAAGCUUUUGUUAUGUGACAGAUUUAAGUUUUCUUUAAAAUUUACCUCAAAGAUCAUAAAUACUCUUAAAUUUAAGAAAAAGGCAGAUUAAUGUGGUGCUUAAUUAACCAUAUGACUAUAUAUAUAAAUAUAUGCAAAUUUCCAUAUGGUAAUCAAUUUUCUUCCCUUUGUAUAUGUUAUUUUUAACAUGAUUAAUGUUGAAUUGAAACCUAUCAGGAUUAUUCAUCCUAAAUAUUUUUGCAUAUUGGUCUAUGUUGAGAGUAAUAGGUCUAGAGCAGUGAUUCCAAGCCAUGUUUUCUCAAAAUGUUUCAAGAAUUCCACAUUUAAACUCAAAUAAAUUUAAACUGUUUUAGUAUUUAAAUGAAGUGUAUACAAGUGCUAUGAAUGUAGUACCUUGUGUUUUACUGAUUUUACUAUAAAUUAUAAAUGGGAAUUUUAUAAACUAUGAUAGUAAUAAAAUAAUUUUUUGUUUUUCA